AAAACACACACAGAGCUGGGACUCCAGCCUUCAGUCAAGGCUGUCUGAGUCGGUUUCAGCGGUCGUGUUGUGAUCGGCAGAGAAUCGGAAAGCGUCACCUGCGAUCGAGAGCUGCCGGAGACUGCAAAGUGACAGACCGACAAACAUGAACUUUACCGGGAUUUCGACAAGCUGAAGAAAACAAGCCACGGGAAAGAGCAAAUCCAGAGAACCCAACACCGGCCUCCCGACGCUCAUGAAGAAGACUUCCAGUGAUGGAGACUGGGGUUCCUGAGGCAGUAGAGAGGGAGUCUCGGGGAACAGCGGAGGAAGAGGAGGAAAAUGGGUCUUCCGCGAUGAUCUGGAGCCUGGAAGAGGCGAACGAGAAGCAGACGUCUCAGAUCGGUGCCUCUGCGUGCGGCGCCACGGCCGUGAUCGACGUGCUUCAGGCGCUGGGCUUCAACGUGGCGGCCCAGGUCGUCGACCGCUGUGUCAGGACCAACCUGCGCAAGAACGAAGCCCUCCUGCCAGAAUACCUGCUGUCCAGGAGUGUGGCAGGGACCACGUCCGCUCAGCUGGUGGCCGGUGUGGAGAGGCUCACCGGGGGUGUGGUGGUGGGCAGGUUGUUCUGCCUGUAUCCUGAGAGGCAGGUGGACCUGUGCCGGUGGCUGUGCCAGUGGAUCCGGAAGGGGGCGGUCCCCGUGGCCACCAUGAACAUGCAGGUGGGCGUGCCCCCGGGGGAGGAGAUUCCCGACGCCUGGCACCACCAGAUGGUGUUUGGGGUGGCGCCAGACACCGUCUACAUGACCAACCCUCUGGAAGCGGAGAAGGCCAGCCUGGUGAAGCAGCGGCUGUGCAGCGACUCUGUGCUGCUGGUCCGGAGGGAGGACGUUCUGAUGAGGCUGUCCGACGACACCAAGCUGUCCGCGCUGUCCCAAGUGCAGGACGACCCCCGCUGGGACCAGCUGGAUGUGGCAGGCCAGGUGGGUCAGAUGAUAUAUGAGGAGAUCACUCCGGAUGAAGGCGCUGCCACCACCCACCUGGUGAUCCCGGCCGUGUAUAAAUCAGGGAUCACUCUGUUUGCAGUGAAGGACAGCGAGCUGGGAGAGGAGCUGCUGAGUGCUGCGGACCUGCCCCUGCUGCACCCCCCUCACUGAACACACAUGCACACACACCCCUCACUGAACACACAUGCACACACACACACACACACACACAACCCCUCACUGAACACACACACCCCUCACUGAACGCACGCACACACACACACACCCCUCACUGAACACACACACACACCUCUCCCCCCUCCCCUCACUGCAAACACACACACCCCACCCCCGACAGUCAUGACCUUAUCAACCAGAACGCUGUCAACACAUGUUGCAUAAAGGGAUGAUGACAGGCAUUGCAAGCACGGGUCACAACGGGCUGCAUUGUAGUUGAAAGUGUAUUAUUAGUAAUAAAAUCUCUAAAGCCCCUUUCACACUGGCGCUCCUCCCCGGGUCCGGGUAGUAUAACAUUGGCUUUGUUUGGCUGAUCUAAAAUCCUGAUUCCAGUCACACCUUUAACAUUCGUUCCAGCCCUUCAAUACUGGUGGGGAUUUUAACAUUACAGAGGUAUAUAUGGGCACUCAGAGGCCCUUCUGAUCGAGGUGGUCUUCAAUGCAGGUUAUGCAUUGUUGGGCCAGGAGGUGGAGCAAUUGUAUAGAAAAAAAAAAUGUUUAGUUUUUUUUUACUGUUUAAACUGUAAUGAAAUCAAAUAUGCUGUAAACAUUCUUUUUCUUUUUCAAUUUUUUCUUGUAGUGGACUGCAUGCAUUUAUUUGGUGUUUUUAAAGACAGAAUGUGUAUAAAUACAGUUUUGAAAUAAUAAAAUCAAUGUGAUUUUA